ACUUGGUUUCAUUCUCUCUCACGCACACAUCCAAACAUUGUUGACACAUCGCGAUGUUGAUCGGCUUUUUGUGUUCCACGACGUUCUUUCUCUCAUCUCGCGCAAGAAUGUUUGUCGUAGACGUGCGAGGGAGCGGAACGAGAGGGGCAGGCGGAGGAUAGCAACGGUUGCUAUAGUCAUACGGUCAAACGAACGAUACACGCCCGUCAGGUGUGCGUGCGUCUAUCGUAAGCACCUCUCCCGAUCUUCUGUACGUGAUCUCGAUGCUCCCCAUUCGUCGUUCGUUGCAGGCCAUACACAAAGUGCAUCUCGCAGCAUUGCCGUGCUGUGACUCCGUUCUUUUAGGGUGUGAUCAGGUGCAAUUAAAGUGUUCGAAAAACAAUACAGUUAGCUGCAUCGAGGUUGGCAAUCGGUCCCUGGUAACUCGGCCUGCGUGUGUCUGUGUUCAUUCAGUCUAGUUGGAUGCGGGAUGGCAACAUAAAAGUGUGUCAACAUAGGAUAGCUAAAACAUGCCAUCGCAACGAUUAGCCGUCAGCCCAUGGGUCUUUUGUCAUUGCUGGCAGACCUUUUUGCUGUUCGGUGUAACCGCACUCGCUGUCUUCGGGAGCAUAGCGACAGCAGCGGAAAAGCGAGCCUACUUUGGCUGUUACGAGCGCGAUCGCUUUGCCCGGUUGGCGUUGACGACGGAAAAUCUGGAUGCGUGUGUCGACAGCUGCGAGAACGAUUUCCAGAGAUACGCGGUACUGUCCGGUGCACGGUGCAGCUGCACCAACACACUGCAAACGCGCAUCGUCGAAGAUCGCGAGUGUGAUCUCAAGUGUGGCAAGCAAUCGGACGAAAAUUGUGGCGGAGUCAAUGCGCAAGCCGUCUACGAAACGGGCAUUGAUGUGGCCGGCCCAGUACGUAACUUGCGCAUCGAUGGAGAACAGAAGGAAGACACGAUCGCAAUCCGUUGGGAGCUGCCGGCGGACGAUGGGGUGAUGGUGCAUGAGUUUGAAAUCAUUGCCGAAGUGACACGCACCUACGCCAGCUUCCGGAUAUACCCGGUACGAUGGUCGGUACAUAACGUUUCUACCGGAUUCGAGCUUUCCAAUUUACAGCCCGGCACCGAGUACAACAUAACGGUAGUAUCGGUUUCAGCGAAGGGUGUCGGAGGCAGGGCGACUAUUGCGGGCAGCACCGAGAUCGGACGGCCGGACCCGGAACCGGAAGAGCCUAUCAUUCUGCGCCGGUUUGAAUCGACCAUACUGAUACAGAUCCCACGAGCAACGAACGAUAAUGGGCCGGUCAAUUACUACCGGGUGGUGGUGCACUAUGUCAACAGUGAGCUGAUCCAACAGAUUGACGAGAGCCAGCUGAGUACGUUCCAGCAGUCGAAGGAAAACAAAGUGCCGUACUAUAUUGCGGCCGAGCUGGAGAUGAAGGAUGACGAAUCGUUGCAGUUCACCGUCGGCGAUGGACGCGAGUAUCGAAGUUACUUUAAUCCGCCCAUCACUGCCCGUACGCACGUGCACAUUUCGAUCGGAGUUGUGAGCAUUUUGAACCAUGUGAUAAAGGUGCGGUACGCCACGACCACACACGAGCAGCAUCAGUAUCCGGACCACCAUCAUGUGAAUUUAAAAACGGUCGAAAUCGAACGAAAUGAAACUCUCAUAACGAUCCUGACCACUGCCUGCAUCCUGUUCGGUAUCGUGCUAACGGGUGCCAUCAUUCUGUACGUUUAUUUACACUUCAAAACGCCCGCUGCCAACACUCGUCCGUUCGGUGACCAUCACGAACUAACGCUGCAAGGCCCCAUACUGGAGGUGGAGAACAAUGGCUAUAUGCCAGACAUUUACGAGCAGCGUGGCUUUGAGGCAGAACUGCGCGACAUCAUCGAUGGGCUGGAGAUGGCGAAAAAUCACGCACGGAAGUACCUUAGCCUGGACAUUAAUCGUGUUUUGGGCAGUGGAAAGUAUGGCGAUGUGCUGCUCGGUUCGCUGCAGCGGCAGGAGCAAGAUUUGCCGGCCCAGGUGCACGUAAUAACGGACGAUAUGGAGAGCGUUGAUCAGAUAGCGUUUUUGAACGAAUUCCGACGGUUAACGGCAGUGGAAGAGCACGCAAAUGUGAUCUUGUUUUAUGGUGUUUGCGUUACGCCUGACUGGUGCUAUCUGCUGUUCGAACAGAUGCAAACCACGCUGAAGCAGACGUUGCUGAACGCGCGCGUGCCGGCCAACGCCAACAGCGUCAAGUUUUCGACCGUAUCGGAAGAGAUUGUGGUUAACAUCCUCUGUCUGGUGUGCGAUGGAAUGCAGUUUUUAGCGGACAAUAAUGUUGUGAGCAAAAAGUUGUGCGCCCGUACAGUGUACGUAAAUACCAAAUUUGAGGUAAAGGUGAGCGCUUUCGGACCGGCGCUGUAUGCCGAAGAUACGGGCAGUCCGAUAGCGAUCGCUCGCUGGCACGCACCGGAAGUAAUCAAAUUCCAAAACCACUCGACCAAAAGCGACGUCUGGUCGUUUGGGUUGCUGAUCUGGGAGUGUUGCUGUCUCGGAGCCACCCCGUACGGCACAAUUACGACGGACAAUCUAUUUGCAGCGAUACGUGCCGGCCAGAAACCGGAGCGUCCUAGCUUUAUGUAUGAGGAUUUGUACCAGCUGUGCCUAAACUGUUGGGAUUUGGAUGCAAGCGAUAGGCCAAGCUUUGACGAUUUGCGACGCUACCUUCGACAAACGUUACCCAUGCUGCGGUAUUUGCUGUCGUUUGAGCGCAAACAUAAUGUUCAGCUUCCACCGUACUUGCCUCACCUGGAAACGGCCGAACAAUAGAGGCAGCGAACAGGGAAGGGAGCGAUUUUUUGAGCAGUAUUUUUGAGAAUGAAACUUAAUUCCGUCCGAGUCGGAACAUGCGCACACAGGCACAUUCCGCACUUAAGCUCUCCGUUAGGGUUUAUGUAGUAACAAGUUUGUACGUUUUACGGAACACUUUUUUAUUAUAAUAAAUAAUUAACGUUUUGUAUUAAAUUUA